CCCGCUCUGAUAAAGAGGCUUAAUGUCUGCAGGACAUGCUUAACGUUUGUCUAUCCAUGUUACUCUUCUAACAACCAGCGAGAGUUGGCAUAUAGAUGCACAGAGACUGGCUUAUUGCUCCACUCAGGAGCUUUUUAUGACAAAAAUCUGAUUUAAGAAGGAAUUUGUGCAUUUUACUCACAGCUACAUGCUGAGGCCUUUAUGUGUUGUUACAUUUAGCUUUAGAGAGACAGUUUCUGUUUGAGUGCUUUUUGGUCUGUAUUUUUUGGACAUUUUCUCCUUUAGGUUGAUUAGUUAGUCCUCAGGUGUUUAGACGCUGCUUUUUGACUUUGUACGAUCAUGUGGGAGUUCAGGUCUAUGUCUUUCUGGCGAGCGGUCUUCGCAGAGUUCUAUGGCACCAUGUUCUUUGUAUUCUUUGGGCUGGGAGCGGCCCUCCGCUGGACCACAGGCCCCCACAACGUUCUUCAUGUUGCCUUUUGCUUUGGACUGGCGGCUGCCACCUUCAUCCAGUCCAUCGGUCACAUCAGCGGGGGACACAUCAACCCAGCUGUCACCUUCGCUUACCUGAUCGGAUCCCAGAUGUCCAUGUUCCGGGCUUUCUUCUACAUCAUAGCCCAGUGUCUCGGAGCGCUGGCCGGUGCUGCUGUGCUGUACGGCGUCACACCCAACAACAUGAGGGGGAACUUGGCACUGAAUACGCUGCAGCCAGGCAUCAGCCUUGGCAUGGCCACCACGAUCGAGAUCUUCCUCACCCUCCAGCUUGUCAUCUGCGUCUUUGCUGUGACAGAUGAGAGGCGCAAUGGACGCCUGGGCUCUGCUGCUCUUGCCAUCGGCUUCUCUGUGCUCAUUGGGCAUCUGUUUGGGAUGUACUACACAGGAGCGGGAAUGAAUCCAGCAAGGUCCUUCGCCCCUGCUGUCCUUGUCAGGAACUUUGUUAACCACUGGGUGUACUGGGUGGGACCCAUGAUCGGCGGUGCCAUAGGCGCUCUGCUCUAUGACUUCCUGCUGUUCCCACGCAUGCGUGGUCUCUCCGAGAGGCUGGCCACGCUGAAGGGCACCCGGCCCCCAGAGGCCGAGGCCCAGCAGGAGACCAGGGGAGAGUCCAUUGAGCUUAAGACACAGGCCCUAUAAAUCUGGAGAUUUGCUUUCUGACACCCCCAACCUCUCUCACACCCCUUCCACCUGUAGCGCCACACUCUGCACCCUUGGUUCCUGGUCCAUCCGCAGCCCACACACUGUUUUUGCACGCAUGCCUCCUCCCGUUCCUCAACAAUUGCAAAGAGCCCCCUUGUCAUCCUUGUCGUGCUCCCUACAGGACUUAUAGAAAGGGCAUGCACUGCCCCAAUUAACUUACUUAAUCUCACCUACACCCAUUUUUCCUUCUCCUGUUCCCAAAGUUGGAGGGUUGGAGGAGGACUUGCCGCUAAAGGAAGCACCCCAUGCCCUGUAGCAGGGUGAAUCAAUUACUCCUUGCUGACCAGACAGCUAUAACUGUCAGGGAUAGUGGUGCUAUUUCCAUCUUUACUUCCCUUUCUGUUUAUCUUCCCUGCCUUUCAUUUCGCUAGGAGUGAAGCUACAGUAGAACAAAGGACCUCCGCCUGCAUUUCCAAUUUUGAUUGAGCGUGAUCUCGCUCUGCGUUGUGUUUCACAAACUUUGGCCAAGAUAUGUAUUGGUAUUGUUUUUGCCUUUUCUUUCUUUUAGCUGUAUGUGUGUGUAUAUGCAAGCCUGUGUGAUAAGAGUGAUGGUGAGAAAGACAAAUUGAGUGCGCCUGCUUGUCUGUGUGUAUGUGUAUGCUUGUUUUACAAGAUAUUUUCCCUGAAAUGUCAUUGCUAAAAUUGUUUGUAUAAUGAGUUAUUUAAUGUCACAUUACAUUAGAGAUGUGUCACCAUUUUUUUUGCCCUAAAUGAAAAAGUAUAAUUUACUGUAAAACUCCAAGAAAUUUGCAUGUUUAGGGUAAUUGUAUUUUUCUCCUAAGGGGAUAAAUCUGGAUUUCAAUCACGGCUUAAAGCCCCUUUCAAACACUUGAGCAUUUGUGUCUCAUGUAGUAAAGCCCCUAUAAAAUGCUAUUUAUUUUUAAAAUAAAGAUCCACAAUUAACA